UCAGGAGAUUCCUUUGCCGUGAUGGAUUAAUCCACCCUUGAGUGAAUAAUAUAACUGAGAACAAGUAGGAGUCAGCGCUCCAAAGAGAUGAUUUGUUCAGUACGUGUGUACCUCCCCACCCCCUCUGAAAAACGUCUUUCUUCACCGUUUCAUUCAGCCUGUUGAAACCUCACAGCAACCUGUGUCUGCGCCAGCGCAGGGCCAGGAUGGGGCUGUGCCAAAGGCCGCUGCUCCCAGGUGCAGCAGGAGAUAAACCAGGAUGGAGAGAAGGUGCCUGUGGGCUGCGGGGGCUGUGAUGUCACCUGUCUGCUCUGGCCAUGACAUCAGCUGUCUGCACGUUCUGGCUGGAGCUGUUUCCGUGCCUCGUCUUAGUCUGGAGCUUCGCGCUUUCAAUUUGGAAAAUCUGGCGCUAUGCAUCCAGCCCCCGGGCGCUUCCAGGCACUGCUCCUCAUCGCUGCCACCAGCCUUGUCACUGUCACCAGCACAGAUCUAACUCCCCGUUUUAUUUCUGAGCCCUCAUCUACUGUCCAGAAGCCUGGCGAGCCCGUCCAACUCCGCUGCUCCGCCGAGCCCUCCACAGCUCGCAUUUCCUGGCUCUUUAAUGGGGAGCCUCUGCACAGCAGGGUGGGAGAAGUGGAAAUCCAGGCAGGAUCUUUGACAAUCGUGUCCCUGAGCCCGGUGACGUGUGGGCGCUAUCAGUGCGUGGCGAGCAGCGGCGUGGGCGCCGUGCUGAGCCGGCCGGCCACGGUGUCCAUGGGCAGUUUGGCUGAUUUUGAUGCCUUGGGGACGGCUGCUGUUGCAGCAGAGGAAGGAGGCACAGCUCUCAUCGGGUGCAAGGUGCCAGAAAGUCACCCCAAAGCACAGGUUCGCUUCCAAGUGCGGGGGAAAUGGCUGGAACAAUCAACAGACAACUACCUAAUUCUUCCAUCUGGAAACCUGCAAAUUUUGAAUGUAUCUUUAGAAGACAAAGGUUCCUACAAGUGUGCAGUGUACAACCCAGUUACUCACGACCUCAGAGUAGAGCUCACUGGACGGAAGCUCACAGUCACACGCCCUUCUUCAGGUGGCUCCCACAUCCUUCACCCGCUGGCUCCCCAGAGCCUGGCAGUGCCCCGGCACAGCUCCCUGACCCUGGAGUGUGUGGUCAGUGGGUCAGCUCCAGCCCCCAUCCGCUGGGUGAAGGACGGCCGGGAUGUGCUGAGGAGAGGCAGGUGGAAGCUGCUGCACUCUCACCUGGUCACGGACCGGCUCGAGCCAUGGGACGCUGGAAAUUACUCCUGCGUGGUGGGAAGUGACUCUGGAACAGUGAAAUAUGUUAACUAUUCGCUUACUGUACUUGAACCUGCCUCGCUCUCCAGGGGGCUGCAGGACGAAACCGUGGCCGCCGGGGCGAGCGUCCAUUUCUGGUGCGACGUUGGCGGCAGCCCCGCUCCCGCGCUGGCCUGGCUCCACAACGCCGCUCCUCUCCGUCCCUCCCCGCGACACUUCCCCGCCGGGAGCCACCUGCGGAUCUGCGGGGUCACGCUGGAGGACUCUGGCUUGUACCAGUGCGUGGCAAACAACGGAAUUGGGUUCGUGCAGUCCACGGGGAGACUCCGUGUCCAGCCAGGCAAAGACUCUGUCCCCAUCAUCAUCUCUUCCCCAGCCAACACCACUGUGGUGGCCGGAGGGGACGCGACCCUGUCCUGCAAUGCCACCGGCUUUCCCGCUCCCCUGAUCCGCUGGUACGACAGCAGAGGCCUCCUGAUCAGCCCCCCUGCCCGGGGGCUUCACCCCACAGCACAGAGCCCUCCCCAGGCAGGGACAGAGCCCUCGUGCCCCUCGGUGCCCCGCCUGGGCUGGGGCUCCCUGCGCCUGCGGAACGUGACGCCGGAGCGCGCCGGGGAGUUCCGCUGCGAAGCCAGCAACGAGCACGGCUCUGCCCUGUCCGCCGCCUUCCUCACGGUCGUUCCUUCAGCAGCUGGCACGAGAGCGGGAGAAACAGCCCCUCUGGAGCUCGCCCAGAGCGACGAGAGCGGCGCCGAUUUUGGUGCGGAGGUGGCGUUUUCAAGCUCGCCUCCAACAGAAUCUCCUCCGGCUGCGGCGGCGAUGGAGAAGGCGUCGAGCGCGGCCGCCCCGCCCGAGGCGCCCAUCAUCCUGAGCCCCCCGCAGACGCCGAAGCCGGACACGUACAGCCUGGUGUGGCGGCCGGGCCGCGCCGGGGGCCUGCCCAUCAACGCCUACUUUGUCAAAUACCGCAAGCUGGAGGACGGCGUGAGCGCGGCGGGCGGCUGGCACACGGUGCGAGUGCCCGGCAGCGAGAACGAGCUGCGCCUCACCGAGCUGGAGCCCUCCAGCCUCUACGAAGUGCUGAUGGUGGCCAGGAGCGCCGCGGGCGAGGGCCAGCCGGCCAUGCUGACGUUCCGCACCAGCAAGGAAAGAACAUCAUCCUCGAAAAACACGCAGGCUCCAUCUCCACCCGUGGGAAUCCCCAAACAUCCCGUUGUUCACGAAGGCACAAAUAAUUUCGGUGUCGUCCUUCCGGACCUGUCUCGUCACAGUGGAGUUCCAGAAGCUCCCGACCGACCCACGAUAUCCACGGCAUCGGAAUCGUCCGUCUACGUCACGUGGAUCCCCCGUGCCAACGGGGGCUCCCCCAUCACUGCCUUCAAGGUGGAGUACAAACGUCUGGGUCGCAACAGCGACUGGCUCGUCGCAGCUGGCAACAUCUCUCCCUCCAAGCUGUCGGUGGAAGUUCGGAACUUGGAGCCGGGAGAAAUGUAUAGGUUCCGAGUGAUCGCGGUGAACAACUACGGCGAGAGCCCGCGGAGCGCGGCGUCGCGCCCGUACCAGGUGGCCGGAUUCACCGGCCGCUUCUCCAGCCGGCCCAUCGCCGGCCCGCACAUCGCCUACACCGAGGCCGUCAGCGACACCCAGAUCAUGCUCAAAUGGACGUACAUCACAUCGAGCAACAACAACACGCCCAUCCAAGGAUUUUACAUCUAUUACCGGCCCACGGACAGCGACAACGACAGCGACUACAAGCGGGAUAUCGUGGACGGUACAAAGCAGUGGCACCUGAUAAAUCACCUGCAGCCUGAAACUUCCUACGACAUCAAGAUGCAGUGCUACAACGAGGGUGGGGAGAGUGAGUACAGCAACGUGAUGAUCUGCGAGACCAAAGUGAAACGCACGCCGGGAGCGUCUGAAUAUCCAGUGAGAGACCUGAGCACGCCACCCAACCCCCCUGAGAGGGCGGGGGGCAGCGGGGCCGUGCCCGCCAGCGGCCCCGUGCGCAGCAGCGACAUGCUGUACCUGAUCGUGGGCUGCGUGCUGGGGGUCAUGGUCCUCAUCCUCAUCGUCUUCAUCGCCAUGUGCCUCUGGAAGAACCGGCAGCAGAACGCCAUGCAGAAGUACGACCCUCCUGGCUACCUCUACCAAGGGGCAGAUGUCAACGGGCAGAUGAUUGAGUACACGACCUUACCCGGGACCAGCCGGGUCAAUGGCAGCAUCCACGGAAACUUCCUCAGCAACGGCCUCAGCAACGGCUGUCCCCACGUCCACCACAAAGUGGCCAAUGGUGUCAAUGGGAUCAUGAGUGCAGGAGGAGCAGGACUGUACCCAGGGCACACCAACUCCCUGUCCAGAACGCACGUGGACUACGAACAUCCCCAUCACCUCAUGAACGGUGGUGGGCUGUACACGGCGGUGCCGCAGGCUGACCCCUCGGAGUGCAUCAGCUGCCGGAAUUGUCGGAACAAUAACAGGUGCUUCACCAAAACCAACGGCGCUUUCGGCAGCAGCGCGCUGCCCAUGGUGCCCCUGGGAGCCCCUUUCCAGCAGGACGGCGUGGAGAUGAAGCCCCUGAGCCCCCACGUCAUGGUGGCCAUGUGCCUGGCCUCGGCCAGCGCCGAGUGCAGCGCCCACCUGGAGCAGGGCGGCAGGGACGGCGCGGAGCAGCCCCCGGCACAGCAUCCCUGCUGCCGGGACGGCGUGAGCCAGCUCUCCGUGGAUUGCAUGGACGGCGGCAGCUGCGUGCACUCGGAAACGUCGAACCACAUUUUGAGCUGGAGCCCCCUCAUUCUUCAGCCUCUUUCCAAGGACUGUAAGGAAAAACCAGGAUGGAGUUCAUCCGGAGUCACCCUAAAUGGUUCUGGGGACCUUUGUCAGCUCCAGCUGCGGGAAACCUGAGGCAGUGACCGUUGUCCCCACUUAACGCCAGGAACUGCACCGCAGCGUCGCUGAAAGGGAGUCACGGGGGGAUGUUAAUUAUAACAGAGAGAGUCACUAUUUAUUUUUUGUAGUAGUGUCAUAUGAAUGUAUCUUGGUUACAAAAUGGUUGCCUUUUUUUAUAUUAUUUAUGCCUUGAAAUCCCUUUUUUGUUUUUGGUUGGUUUGUUUUGUUUUGUUUUUUUUCUUCCCCCACACACCGCAAAACUAGCCUGGUUAUGUCUAUAAAAAAAAAAAAGAAUUGCAAUAAUAUAAAGAAUGAGGAUGGGAUAUGUGGAGUGUGUUUCCGUGGCAAUUUUCCAGCAGGACAAGCGCUUCCAAAAGAGCCCAAGAGAGGGAUUUAAGCAGGUCUGAAAUGACCAACAGCUGCCACCUCCCUGGCAGCUUGGUGACACGGUACUUGAACCCUCCUUUCCAUGAACACCUCCUGGCCUCUUUUGGUUUCUCUGAGAAGAUCCUGAUGAGGAAAUAAGAAGAUUAAUAAGAAAAAUGAGCCUCGGUUGAGUCUGUCCUGUGCAGCUUGAAGCAGAACUUGAGUCAGUGACUGUUGUUAGAUGCUCAAUAACCCUUCUGCAGAAGUACAGGUGGAAAUCCAGCCUGUCUGACUCUCCCCUCGCAGAAGACAAAAUCCAGUUCAGCUCUUGCUUUGAGGGAUUACUAACAGCUUGGAGAGCUCUGAAAUGAAAGCAGUUACGGUGAAGCAGCUCCCACCAGCCCUGAGCAGGGCUGUCAGGAACCUGCCCAUCCUGGACACAGCACGAUGGAGGUGCUGCAGCCUUAACUGCAGGGCUUGGGUGGGUGUUUUAAUUGUUCCUUUCCAAAUUUAAUCCCAGUAAAUAAACCAAACCAGUGCUUGCAAAACACUCCCUCCCCCCACAGUGCAAGGCCCCAGAAAUGAAGCACAAUUUACAGUUAUGGCCACCCCCAGGUGACUUGUCCAGCCCAGAGCAGCGCGUCCCUGGCCAGUUUGGGAAGGGAGGGAGCCGUGCCAGCCUGGCUGCAGCUGCUCCAGAGCCCUGGAGAGCUCAGGGCUCCUGGUGCAGCUUCACCAGUCCCAGGGUUUGGGGAGUGAUGUCUGUGUGAGGAGGAAGCCUUUGAGAUGUGCUUCGGUAGCAGCAGCUCUCUGGGCUACUCUGAGUGUUGGGAUGGGGUUUUUGAUGUUUUGUAGAAUCCCAGAACAGUUUGAUUUGAGAGAGAUCUUAAAGCUCAUCCAGUUCCACCCCCCUACCAUGGGCAGGGACACCUUCCACUAUUCCAGGCUGCUCCGAGCCCUGUCCAACCUGGCCUUGGGCACUUCCAAGACUGGGGCAGCCACGGAUUUUCUGGGUACCUUGUGCCAGGGCCUCACCACCCUCACAGGGCAGGAUUUAUUCCCAGUAUCCCAUCUAAGCCUGGCUGUGUGAAACCGUUCUCCCUUGUCCUGUCACUAUCUGCUUGUAUGAGAAAUCCCUCUCCCUCCUUCUUACAAGGCCCCUUCAGGUACUUGAAGGCCACAAUGAGCUCUCCACAAAGCCUCCUCUUCUACUGUAUUAUUUGUGGGUUUAUUUAUUCUUUUGCCUUUUUCUUUUAGGGUUGUGCAUCCUCCCUACUAGAGCUGCCUUAUUCCAAAGUUCUCUACACCCCAUGAACUUCACACCCGUGGGCUUUGGCUGCCACGUACCCCAGAGCCACCACAGAUCUCCCUCCUCCCUUUUGGUUUAUCUUGUCCUCACCUUGCCUGGAUUUUCCUUUUGCAGAGCCUGUUGCAAAGGCUUUCCCCUUUUCCAACAGAGAUCGACAGGGGAGUGGUUGGGAUUUAACUCUGGCUGCUUUGUUUUCCCCAAACACUGAAAUUUAGCCAUGGUUUUAAACCUUGCUUAAAUCUGCCCUGUAUUGUGGGUGUGUCAGAUAAAGAUGU